AUGUCUUGUACAGCUGAGAUCCAAGCAGCAUUUAUUCUUUCCUCCAUUGUGACCUUCUUCAGUGGACUCUUCAUCUUAUUAACAUCCAGGCUAAUCUGGAGGGGCAUUGAAAAACGGCAAAAGAGCAAGGGAAAAGGCAUUUUCCUGGGAAUUGUGUCAGAUGACAUAGGUCAUAGACAUUCAAGAAGUCUCAGCUUCCAGGGAGCAUUCCGCGAUCGUAUAGAAAUGUUGCUCUCAGCACAGACCUUUGUGGGACAAGUGCUGGUGAUCCUUGUUUUUGUCCUAAGCAUUGGGUCUCUUGUAAUCUAUUUCAUCAACUCUACCGACCCUGUUAGAAGCUGUUCUUCGUACCAAGACAAAACCAUCCCGAUUGAUUUGACUUUCAAUGCUUUCUUCAGUUUCUAUUUUGGGUUGAGAUUUGUGGCAGCUGAUGACAAGGUCAAGUUCUGGUUGGAGAUGAAUUCGAUUGUAGACAUCUUUACUAUCCCACCAACCUUUAUUUCUUAUUAUUUAAAGAGUAAUUGGCUAGGUUUAAGGUUCUUAAGAGCAUUACGGCUGCUGGAACUCCCUCAAAUCUUGCAGAUUCUGCGAGCCAUCAGGACCAGCAAUUCAGUGAAGUUUUCCAAACUGUUAUCAAUCAUUCUCAGCACCUGGUUCACUGCAGCAGGAUUCAUUCACUUGGUGGAAAAUUCUGGUGAUCCCUGGCUCAAAGGUAGAAACUCACAGAACAUAUCCUAUUUUGAGUCCAUUUACCUGGUCAUGGCAACAACGUCAACUGUCGGCUUUGGAGAUGUGGUAGCCAAGACAUCCCUGGGACGGACCUUCAUCAUAUUCUUCACCCUAGGGAGUUUGGUACUGUUUGCAAACUAUAUCCCAGAAAUGGUGGAACUUUUUGCUAACAAGAGGAAAUACACCAGUUCUUAUGAAGUGGUCAAAGGGAAGAAGUUCAUUGUGGUCUGUGGAAACAUCACUGUGGACAGCGUAACAGCUUUCCUGAGGAAUUUUCUCCGCCGCAAGGCAGGGGAAAUCAACACAGAGAUUGUUUUUCUGGAGAGUAAGGUCCCUCCGUCUUUGGAAUUGGAGACCAUAUUUAAGUGCUACAUGGCCUAUACAACUUUUGUUUCUGGGUCUGCACUGAAGUGGGAAGAUCUGAGGCGAGUUGCGGUGGACUCUGCAGAAGCUUGUUUGAUUAUAGCCAACCCUCUAUGCAGCGAUUCACAGGCUGAAGACACUUCAAACAUCAUGAGGGUGCUCUCCAUCAAGAACUAUUACCCUAAUACCAGAGUCAUCAUACAGAUACUUCAAUCCCAUAACAAGGUUUUUCUGCCAAAGAUCCCCAGCUGGAACUGGAACAGUGGAGACAACAUCAUCUGUUUCGCUGAAUUAAAGCUUGGAUUUAUCGCCCAAGGCUGUCUAGUGCCAGGCUUGUGUACCUUUCUAACAUCUCUAUUUGUUGAGCAAAACAAGAAGAUCUGUCCUAAGGUGCCCUGGCAAAAACAUUUCUUUAGUGGCCUGAAGAACAAAAUCCUGACGCAGCGUCUCUCAGAUGACUUUGCUGGAAUGAGCUUUCCUGACGUUUCCCGGAUCUGCUUCGUGAAGAUGCAUCUCAUGCUGAUAGCCAUCGAACACAAAUCUGUGUGUCACGGUUACUGUGGUCUGAUACUGAAUCCAUCUGCACAAGUUAAGCUCCUUAAGAACACAUUAGGGUUCUUUAUUGCUGAAUCUGCAAAGGAUGUCAAAAGAGCCUUCUUUUACUGUGCCAUCUGUCACAGUGACGUGUAUACCCCUGAGCUGAUUGAGAAAUGCAACUGCAGAAGCAAGAAUCACCGACACAUGGCAGUUUCAUCUCUGAAACAAGUGAAAGAGUGUCUGAUUGGUUCAGCUCGAAUCAGUUUCCUCACUAGUCCAGGAAGAGUCUCAGCCAGGAGGCUAACUCUCCAAUUCUUCAUAUUUAGGGCUUUUCAGUAUGAAAUGGAACAAGACCACCUUGAUAACACUGGCAUGUUUCACUGGUGCAGAGCCACCCCAUUGGACAAAAUGAUUCUGAAACGAACUGACAAGUCAAAACAUGAGUUUCGGAACCACAUCGUGGCAUGUGUCUUUGGAGAUGCCCAUUCGACCCUGAUGGGGCUUCGGAAUUUUGUAAUGCCACUGAGAGCUAGCAACUACACCCGCAAGGAGCUGAAGGACAUUGUGUUUGUUGGGUCUCUGGAUUACCUGCAGAGAGAAUGGCGAUUCCUCCGGAAUUUCCCCCAGAUAUACUUUCUGCCUGGAUCUGCGCUCUAUUCUGGAGACCUCCACGCAGUCAACAUAGAGGAGUGUUCCAUGUGUGCUGUCUUGUCCUCUCCGUCGAAGUCAUCCAGCAGCCCGACCUUGGUGGACACAGAGCCCAUCAUGGCCACACUCAACAUUGGAUCCCUGCAGAUUAACAGUAGUUCUCAACCAAGUCGCAGCUUUGCUCCCAGAACACCAGGUGACACAGUCCGCAAUCCCAGGAAAUCACAGUACCGAAGAAUCCCCAUCAUCACUGAACUGAAAAAUCCUUCCAACAUCCACUUUAUUGAACAGCUUGGUGGAAUGGAAGGAAACUUCUCUGGAACAAGCCUGCAUCUCAGCACUUCCUUUGCGACAGGCACUGUCUUUUCCGGCAGCUUCUUGGAUUCCCUUCUUGCCACAGCUUUCUACAAUUACCACGUCCUGGAAUUACUACAGAUGCUGGUGACUGGAGGGAUAAGUUCUCAGCUGGAACAGCAUUUGGAUAAAGAGAAGUAUUAUGGGCUGAAUGACAACAGCUGUACAGUUUUGUCUAGAAGUUCACGGUGUAAGCUGGGGCUCCUGUCCUUAAACCAGACCAUUUUGUCUGACAUUCAACCAAGAAGGACCUUCGGACAGAUAUUCUGCGGCUCCUUAGAUCGUCUUGGAGUCCUGUGCCUUGGCUUGUACCGCAUGAUAGAUGAUGAGGAGCACAACCCGGAACACAAAAGGGGAGUAUACUAGCUUGGAAAGUUUGUGAUUACCCGGCCAGAGAAUGAGUUUAGGCUGCUGCCCUCGGACCUCGUGUUUUGCGCCAUCCCUUUCAGCACUUCUUACUACAAAAAGGACAUUUCAUCUCCAAAUCUAUAUGAUAAUAUAAAUAUAGUGCCAUUGUCAGAAGACACAUCACAGAUGUAAAUUAUCCUUCAGUUUCCCAAAGUACAGCACAGUCACCAGGUACAUCCAUCCAUUUCUUGGAGCCCAAAACAACCUAUGACAGAUUCCAAGCAAGCAGUAUUGAUUCCAAGUGGUAAAUUCUCAUCCCAGAUAUAUGCAAGUAAGAGCACAACAGGAAGCAGAAAGGAGCACAUGGAGGAAACCACGAUGGAAGAAACCUGUGCCUAUUCAAAGCCAUACUAGACAGGUUGCUAUUUUCCAGGCGCUCCUAUCUCACUACUUACAAGGCAUCUCCAGAGAUGGUGACUUGGAACAAGGAAGAUAAAAAUGGGAGCAUGCCCUUUUUGUGUCGAUUGCUCAAUGGUGGAUGGAUCUGCAUGCCCUCAGUUUUGAGGAAGAAACAAAAGUCUAAUCCCAUUGGA